AUGUCCGCCCCGUCAGCCUUUCCGGCUGGCCUUCCUCCAUCCAUGCCUGCCGGCAGCCAUGAGAUACGAGACUACUACUCCAACCAAGACCCACCUCGGUCGUUGGCACACACUGCACCAUCCAUCACACCCUACCUUGGCCUCCGGGCUCGUUUAUCGCAGAUAUGGCUCAAUCGAUGGACCAUUCUGCUCCUACUUGUUCUUGCUCGCACCCUUAUCGCCAUCUCCGGGAUCGACAACGACUUGGGCUCGGCGCGACGCGAAGCUCUAUCCGCAUGUUCGGACGUUGAGUCGAUGGGUUCCACCAUGGCAUCCAUGCCUCAUUAUAUGUCUCAAGGAGUAAAUGAAAUGGCCGCCACUGGUGUCGAGAAGUCGGUCAACGGCCUGAUGCAGAUGACCACCUUGAGCGUUACGGCGGUUGAAGAGAUUGUCGUGUUUGUCAUUGGCAUGAUGACAAACACCUAUCUCUGCCUGAUCACUUUCGCUGUGAGCGGGAGCUUGCAUUCGGUCAUUGGAGCCUUGGACUCGGCGCAAACCGGUCUCAACACGCUCACCAAGAAUCUCGGGAAUGACAUGUCAGGUGUGGUGGGCGACUUUGAGUCGGCCUACAACAAAUUUCUAGACGCUCUCAAGGAUAUCACAGCAUUCGGACUAUCAGUUCCUCAACCUCCGCCACUGAACUUGACUCAGCAGGUCAAAACCCUUCAAGCCCUCAAGCUACCAGCAAACCUAGACGCCGAUCUUCAGAAGCUCAAUCAGUCAAUCCCCACCUUUGAUGAGGUCAAGAAUUUCACCGAAGGCGUUAUCCGGCUCCCGUUUGAAGAGGUCAAGCAACUCAUCAAUGGAUCACUUGGCAACUACACGUUCAACCGGUCGACGUUCCCCGUACCACAGAAGCAGGAACUUACCUUCUGCAGUGACAAUGACGGGAUUAACGACUUCUUUGACGACAUGGUCAGCCUGGCUGCUAUUGCGCGCAAAAUUUUCAUUGGCGUUCUGCUUACCCUGGCCAUCCUCGCCAUGCUUCCCAUGGCGUGGCGCGAGAUUCGGCGUUGGCGCAAGAUGCAAGAGCGUAGCCCGCUGGUUCAUUCAGAUGCGCAUGAUCCCAUGGAUGUUGUGUACUUGGUCAGUAGGCCAUAUACUUCAUCCGCCGGGCUGAAACUCUCCCACUCGUUUGAGUCUAGGCGCAAGAAAAAUCUCAUUCGCUGGGUGAUUGCGUACGCUACGUCCGAUGCCGCGUUGUUCGUCCUCGCACUUGCACUGGCGGGUUUGUUCUCGUGCGCCUGUCAGGCAAUCCUGCUCCGAUCGCUCGAAAGGGAGGUUCCCAACCUAAGCAACCAAGUGGGUGCCUUUUCCGACAAGGUCGUGGCACAACUCAACAAUGCGUCUCAGGAAUGGGCCGUCGGCACUAACGCAGCUAUUGCGUCCACCAGCCACGACAUCAAUCAGAACAUGUUGGGUUGGGUCAACACCACAACGACUGCGAUUAACGACACUCUGAACGCAUUUGUGGACAAGACAACAGAGGUGCUGAACGUCACUUUCGGCGGCACUCCUCUGUAUGACCCGAUCCUGGAGGUACUGUACUGCCUUGUCCUCAUGAAAGUCGCGGGCAUCGAGAAAGGCCUGACCUGGGUCCACGAUAACGCCCACGUCGACUUCCCCACGCUUCCGAACGACACUUUUAGCCUGGGCGCCGUUGCAAGUCUCGCAUCAACCAGCGAUCCCAGUGACUCAUUCCUCGCGAGUCCCGGCGAUGCCGCGAGCGAUAAGAUCUCCAGCGCUGUUGCCCGCGUCGUCAAUACGCUAACAGAUGCCAUUCGGACAGAGGCAAUCAUUUCGACCGUCAUCCUCCUCGUCUGGGUUCUGGUUGUGCUCAUUGGGGUCAUCCACGCUCUCACGCUUUGGGCUGGGCGGGACAAAGUCAGAGGUGAAGGUGGUGCUCCGGCAUUUCCUUCAUCUACUGUGUCAAAUCCCGACUUCCGCUCUGACAACCAGGACCGGUAUGCCGGCUUUGCGGAUAUCCCACUGUCUGCAGUGGACAAUACGAGGCCUUUGUCGCCUGCGCCCAGGUAUACCCCAUCCAAAGAGGUCGAAAUGCAGGAAGGUGGCUACCACGACUCAAAGCUCGGAUUUGCCGGACAACGGGCGUAUAAGGAGACUCCGCCAACGAGGAUUGAUAGCAAGCGGGGGAGCAUCUGGAAUGGGGAAUGA